ACAGCAACUCCACCAUCGAGCACUACUGAUCCACCAUUGAGCUCAGCAGCCCCACAGUCAAGUGGGACUCCUGCCCCACAAACGAGCUCAACUGAUCCACUGUCAAGCUCAACAGCCACUUCAUCCUCAACAACUUCACCAUCAGAUACAACAGCUUCAUCAGUUGGUAUAACACCCUCGUCAAUAGAUGUAACAUUUUCUGGGUAUAGUACAACUAACCCAGUUCCUCUGGUGGCUUCAUUCUCAAGUAAGUUUCUCUGCAAUGUAUCAGAUAAAAUACAUUAUUAAUCAAAGUAAUUUAAAUAUAACUACCAUAUACUCUAAUUAUUGUCCCAUUAUUUUAAAAUGUACAAUUUUUGAAAUUCAGAAUAAAAGAUAACCUUUUACAGAAUUUACAUUCAGUAGCAAGGUAAAUUACACCUAUCCUUUUCACACUUGUUUUUAUAUGUUUGCAUUCUAGGGAAAUGUUCUUCACAUCCACCUCUGUGUUGUCUUGGACAAAACAAUUCCUGUUUCAGAGGGUGCUUCUGUGAUGUGGCCUGUCUACAGCUUAACGAUUGCUGCCCAGACUUCCAGACUACUUGUGUGACCGGUACAGUUGGGCCGCUGUUUUAUCAUGUCUGUUUUUAUGGAGGCCCUUGAUCACUAUUAAUAAUAGUUGUCAAAUUUUGAAAUUGUAGAAACUUCCAAUUGUAAACAUGCUACAUGUGUCUGAGGUGGCAUCAUUUACUGUCUUUGUUUAAAGGUGUGCAGAAUGGAACUUCCUUAUCAGCCACGGUGUCCCCAGUCUCCAAUGCAACCAAUGCAACCACCAACGCAACCAAUUCCACUUCCACAUCAUUCCCAGUAUUCUCAUUUCCAGGUUCCUUUAGUUUUCUUCUCUACCACAUCAAAAUGUGAAUUUUCUAAGUACAUUUUAUCAAGGCUUUACAUUUAACCUUCCUGUUUAAUAAUGUAUGUUAUUCCAAUCAUCCUAAAGGAAAUUGUUUGCGCAGCUGGCCUUGUGCUGUAAAGGCACCAACUUGAACUGCUUCAGAGGGUGCUUCUGUGACAAGUCUUGUCGGACUCAAAAUGACUGCUGUCCUGACUAUGCAGAUACCCUUGAUCCCUCUUUUUUUAAAAACAUUAACAGUUAAAGCGUACAUGAUGUGUUUGAUAGUAUUUUGCUCUGUACCUGUUUUGGGCAACACCAAAAACUGGCCUGAGUUUCAAUGUCACAGGACACCCAACAUCGAAGAGGGAUGGGCAAUUAUUUUUUAUUUUUUUUGCCAUUAAUGCAAAGUAUGUCAUAUUUUUUAGACAUUCAGACGGUGAUUGGUAGUUGAAGAUAUCCAUUCUUGCUCCAUCCAAUUCAACUGAUGCAUCUCUUGAAGUGUCUAUUCAGAAGGUAACUGCUUCUGCUUUCUCUUUGCCUAUCUCAACACUCAGAAACAACAAAUGCACUACUUACACAUUUACAUUUUAGUCAUUUAGCAGACGCGCUUAUCCAGAGCGACCAAUGCUCUUAACCGCUAGGCUAUCUGCCAGGGUGACAUAGAUCAGAAUCAGUCAUAGAAUACCGGAAAGACUUGAUUUGUGAAUGUGCUCAAACACUUCAGAAAUAUGAAGUUAGGAUGCAUUGUUCUCUCACUUUUCACUUGUCUAUCUCCCUGUCAACAACACCAUCCUUCUCUACUUCCUCCUUCUCAGGCAGCAUUACAGCUGCAGGUCUAUCUCAAGGCAACAUACAGUGAAAUCAGCUCCUUCAGAAUCAUCAAACUAAAGAAGACCGGAAAGACU